AUGUCAUCUUUUACAGUUCCAGAACCACCAUUUGUGGCAGCAGCUUCUGGCGGCGGUGGUAAAAGAGCCAGACUUUCUGAAGAAGAAUCCACAGAAGAGACACAAACCCCACAGCCUAUCAUGCCACCCAAGGAAGAGAGCAGCGACAGUGAUGCCGAUUCGGGGCCAGAGAACUUGUCUCUCCGCAAGCCAGACUCUCCUCCACCAGUCGUCCACAGAUCUCCCGUGGAUGUACUCCUCCGGGUCUUUCCCAACAGGCAGAGAUCUGACAUUGAGGCAGCCCUCCACAGGGCCAAGGGUGAUGUUCUCCAGGCCAUCGAGAUCAUGGUUUGCACGGAGGCAAGAGAAGAGCCACGUUCCGCAUUCUCACCGCUAGGUCUGAUCAACCGAGGGAGGCGUUUCCUGACGGCCCCGUACAGCGGCACGGGAUACCUCCCGACUGUCAUCCGUCCGCCUCCAGAGCUCCUCCACCACCCGCUCUACCCUCCAGCACCCUCGCCUGGAUCCGCAACUGGUUCCGAUAGGACAUCAUACUCCGAAUGACUUCCUAUGUAUUCCAACUCGCCUCUCAUCUGAAUUUCCGUUGAGAUUGAGUAUUUCGGUGACACAUUUGGUGCUAUACCAGACUCUCCGUUCCCUGAUUGACUAUAAAUUGUUAUUCCAUUUGAUUCCCUAAGUGAAUUUCUUGUAAACCUGAUUUUUUUUUUUUUU